AUGGACAAAAGAAUGCUUGAUGCUAGAGCCAAGUGGCUUAAUGACAACGCAAACUUCGAUGAUGAUGAAUCUGACUACAGUGACAAUGAAGAAACAGAAAGGAGCCCUGCCCCACCCAUCGAAAGCCAGGGUGAAAACGAAAACGAGGAUGAGGAAGAGGAUUCGUCCGAACUCAAGAACGAAUACUCUGAUAUUUUGAAGAAUGGAAGGCCAAACUACGAACGAUACACAUGGAAAGGAAAGUGGUAUCUCACAUUGAGCUACCUGGAAAAAAGAAUGCUUGAUGCUAGAGCCAAGUGGCUUAAUGAUAACGCAAACUCCGAUGAUGAUGAAUCUGACUACAGUGACAAUGAAGAAACAGAAAGAAGCCCUACCCCACCCAUCGAAAGCCAGGGUGAAAACGAAAACGAGGAUGAGGAAGAGGAUUCGUCCGAGUAUGAAGAAUAA